CCUGGACCCGCGGACCGGAGCGCGUCGCCCUAAACUCCCCGGGGCUGAUGGUUGAUAACAACGGCUCGUUAGUGAUCAGCUCCGUGGACCGCAGCGCCAGUGGUCUUUACACCUGUACAGCGUCCAACAUACACGGCAGUGAUGCCAUCACCUACAAUGUCAUAGUUAGAGUGCCUCCUCUUCCGCCAAAAUUGCAUGUCACUGAAACAACAGCUUCGUCCAUACGUCUGCAAUGGGACGUGGAAGACGAAGGCGGUUCUCGUGUUACGCUCUUUAACUUGUACUACAGGACUGCUAACGGCGAGGCUGUGCAACUGGCUGUACAAGACAACAGCCAUACAAUCUACGGUCUCGAGUGCGGGACAGAGUAUAUCUUCUAUAUCACUGCACACAACGAUAUAGGUGGAGCAGGAUGUGGUUCAGAGAGCCCCAACAAUAGUUCGAGCACUACAAAGAUUAUCAACGUGGUGAGUUCGAGCUCUCGGUCGUUACGCGUGACGUGGCUGCCUCCGCCUCGCAACGCCUCACAUGGACGCCUCCUGGGCUACUACCUCGGCAUCCGCCUCCGCCUCCCCAGCACGAUGGAUGACACAAGUGACGAAGGCAGCGCUUACAACUUCACGACGGUGGGCGGUAGCGAUGCUUCGUCCACCGCCACGCACACCAUCGUCACUGACCUGCAUCCUCACUCCUUCUACGAUGUCAUCGUCAGGGCCUUCAACUCCCGAGGGGCUGGACCCUCGUCAGACCCUGUCAUGGGGCAGACCCUGCAGGACACUCCCAACAGCCCUCCAGCCUCCGUCUCUUGUUCCCCGUCGUCCGCUCACUCCCUCACUGUCAGCUGGCGUCCCCCUGAGGAGCGCGGGAGGAAUGGCGUUAUCGUGGCCUAUCAUCUUGCCUACUCCCCAUCAUCCUCGACGUCAGUUUUAUCGUUUCAUGCCCUGCAGGUGUGGGUGACCGCGUCGACUGUUGUGGGCGAGGGAAGAACCAGUGCGCUGAUGUCUGUCGUCCCCAGCGACACCGUUGGUGCGGGCAUCUGGUCGGUGGGCGGAAGCGUGCUCGUCAAUUGGAAGCAAGACGCACUCCUGCAAUGCCGCACCGUCGGCGUGCCGGAGCCCACCAGGACCUGGACCCGCGGACCGGAGCGCGUCGCCCUAAACUCCCCGGGGCUGAUGGUUGAUAACAACGGCUCGUUAGUGAUCAGCUCCGUGGACCGCAGCGCCAGUGGUCUUUACACCUGUACAGCGUCCAACAUACACGGCACUGAUGCCAUCACAUACAAUGUCAUAGUUAGAGUGCCUCCUCUUCCACCAAAACUGCACGUCACUGAAACAACAGCUUCGUCCAUACGUCUGCAAUGGGACGUGGAAGACGAAGGCGGUUCUCGUGUUACGCUCUAUAAUUU